AUGGAGAAUAUAACCACACGACAGGAGAACAGAGGAGCAGAAAAGGAUGUCCAUGAUAUACGAGAUUCGCUGAACGGUGGCCGAAAUACCACCCAGAAGCCUUCGACAGCGAUUGGCGAGCCAUCUACAGGGGUCGACGUCGGAUAUACGAGUCAUAAUAUCAAUGAGAACAAGCUUCUAAACCCCAUCGAAACACCCGAAACAAUCACUGAUUGGCUUGAGCAUCGCUUUACGCCGGUUCGCGAUGUACGAUCAGAAGGAAAACCAGUUCUUGCACCUCUAGAAUCCGCAUAUGCGUUGUCAAUUAGUGCUCUUCAAGCUUUAAGAGAUGUCCACAAUAAGGACGCCAGUUGGAGUGAUAUAAUCUCCAACCUUGAUACUCAUACAACGCAGAUGCACAAUGAUUCAGAGAGAUUGGCUCAGAACCGAAGCAGAAGUUUCGGUGACCAUGAGCUUUUGCAAGCUAUACAGGAGUAUAUGCAAAUUGUUAAAACGAUCAUGACCGAAGCAGAAAGCUGUAUCCGAACGGCUAGAGAACGUACUGGGCUCCACAUCGCACGAUUUGGAAGCACACAAAUCGACAAGGAGCAGAUACCGCAUCUCUUAAGAAUGGAGGAUACAGCAUAUCAGCGAUAUAGGGUCGCCAUCGACAACGCUCUCUCUAGUCAGAUUGCAACCUUCGAUGCAUUCUUCGACCAACUGCGUGGCGAGGUACAGGAUACAGUGACUCAAAACUUGCGAGACGAGUAUAGAGGCCCUGGGUUCGCCAUGAGCCUUGCAUAUGGAACUGAGCUGGAGUUAUGUGAACCGGGUACGCGUGUCGACAUUCUAGCCAGGAUUUCCGAGUGGAGCGACGACGUGGAUUGUUCGCAGCAGGUCUUCUGGCUCAAUGACGCGGCAGGUACGGGUAAGUCGACGAUAGCUGCAACGAUGGCCAGAUACUGGCAAGGCCAGAGUCGACUUGGAGGACGAUUCUUUUUCAGUCCUAAUGUAGCGCGCAAUCAAGAGAUUCGUCAUUUCUGCCGAACAGUGGCGGCGGACAUCCAACUCAACCAUCCACAGCUUGCCUCGACUAGUGAAUCUGUUCUCAACCUCGACCCUGAAGCCUCAAUGGAGUUUUCCGUCCAGUUCAUCCAACUCAUCUUGGACCCACUUCGGAGGUUGAAACAUGUGGCAGGGUUGUUCCUUGUCAUCGACGCGCUGGACAACUGCGAGCCCAAGUCUAGACAACGACUCCUCAACGUGAUACUUAAGGAACUCCCGAAAGCUCCACACGUUAAGGUUCUUCUGACCAGUCGGCCACUCACUGAUAUCAGGGAUCGACUCCAAUUGCCAGAUUUUGUCCACGAUGCGCACCUACUCGACAUUAAUAACCCAUCCCACGAUGAUAUUGCACUCUACGUACAUGCAAAACUGAACCGACAGCUUAACAUCCAGGAGCGAGAGAGGAUCAUCCAAUACUCCGGCGGUCUAUUCAUCUGGGCCGCGACGUUCUGCAGAGCGUUUAGACGCAGCGAUCUCGCCGUGCGGCUCUUAGAGAACUUUUCUCAUUCGCAAGUUGCGGAUCCGCUCGACGCGCUAUAUCUUGAGGUUCUCCACCAGGCGCUCGUAGACAAGAGGGCUGAAGAUGACUUUCAAAAGGUAUUACAAGUGGUCGUUUCUGUCUUUCAACCCAUCUCCAUCAAUACCAUCUCGGCUUUAUUUCCCAAGGUGGACACGGUCAACGACUUUGUUCAGGAUCUCGCCGCCGUGUUCAAGGAUGGCCAUCCAGAUCGCCCAAUUAAAGUGCUUCAUCCGACUUUUCGGGAGUUCAUUGCGUCAAAUGAACUUCGAGCAAAUGGGUUCCUCGUUCAGAUGGAACCGUCGCAUUCCAUGCUGGCCAUUGCCUGCCUAGACAUGCUCAGUGAAACACUCAGAUACGAUAUCCUGGAACUUAACUCGGGCUUUGGCAUACUUCCGAGAAACGACGAAGUGGCAGACCUAGACGACCGAAUCGCAAGGAAGACGUCGCCCGCAUUUCGAUAUGCGACUUCCUACUGGGCAUACCACGUCUCUGCCUCUGAUGAGGCGUGGUACGACUGGCAGAGAGUGACACUCUUCCUCCGCGAACACUAUUUACACUGGAUGGAGUUUAUGGGAUGGCAAGGGACUCUUUCUCAUGGAAUCCGUGGCCUGGCACACCUUGGAAGCAGAGUCAAGAGAGAGAUCUCGAGAGGAGCUUUAAUCAGCCUGGACGAUAUACUGACAGUACUACAUGCGUCUCAUUUCUUACUGAGAUUCCAAGAUAUGAUUCAAGCAGCUGCGUUGCAUGUCUAUACAAUACCGCCUGGACUCAUUCCAUCCAGUUCACCUCUCGCAAAGUCGAUUAGAACCAAGAAUCGCUCGCCUACCGUCGGAAUGAUUGGUGCAGAACGUCUUGAAUGGACAAUAGAUGCAAAACCACUGGCCCUACCAAUCGAAAUAACGCAUAUUUUAUUCUCUCCAGACGCGAGUCGUGUAGUCACCAGCGGUGAUCACGGUUAUCUGCGUUUAUGGGAUGCGGAAACAGGUGUACUCAUCCCCACAGCUUUUACCGCAGUGAAUAGAUCUCGUGGCCUCGUGCUGGCGGUGGAGUUCUCCCUAGAUGGACAAUACUUGGCAAUUGCCACCGACAGCAUGGAGGUCCAUCUUCUGGAGGUCUCAAGCGGGGAUACUAUUUGGAGAAACAAGACACGUCUCGGCGACAUACAACUACGAAUCGCGGCUAUCUGUUUUCUUCCAGACGAGCCAUACCUUGCUGUGGUGUUGCACUGUGAAAGGUUUGAUAGAUUUUUUAAAAGCUACGUGAUAUUUUAUCACGUUGCAUCCGGGGAGAGGUCUACCAAAGCUGUAGGACUGUCGGGAUUUGUGGACCGCUUCAGGGUAUGUCCAAACGGCACUCGUGCAGUGUACACAGUCAGGCGUAACCGCGUCCUCGAUUAUGUAUACCUAGUCGACCUCGUUUCCUACGACGGUUUCGAUGACUCCGACGAUUAUGGCGGAUGUAUCAAGGUAGCGGACUUUCAACUUGAACCAACGCUGGAACGUGUGAUCGAUAUCUCUGUUGACGGUACCAGAUCUGUCAUAUAUGACCCAAAUGGUAGGACCCCUCUCAUACUUCUUGACUGCAAUACAGGCAAGGCUAUCAUAAUGGUAGAUCCUGACGAACCACCUUCACCCUGUGUUGUAUUCGUCCCGCAAGGAAACCUGAUGGCCACUGUUUCGCCACAAGGCUUUGGUAUACUCCUACGGGAUAAACAAAAUGGACGCGUCAUCAAACGAAUUUGCACGUCUACCAGGUUUGAAAAGAUCUGGAUCUCGCCUGACUCUCAACGCCUCGCAAGUCAUUCAAUUGAUAAACGGAUCAAGGUUUGGAAUGUCGGCACGGGUACCGAGCUGCCUAGCUUCUUUACUGGUUACACAAAUGCACAGACCAUAGAUAUUUCGCCUAACUGGUGCCGAAUUGUGUGUUCAACGGAUCUGGAAGCCUCAAUUUACGACCUGACACCGACGAUCACCGGUCUGAAGACUCGUCCAUUGAAAUAUGCCAGGAGUGGAGAAUAUGUAGCAAAGAUGUCUAUGCUCAUUUUGCGUACCCACAACCCUGGUGGCCUUACUGUGCUGAGUGCUUGGUCAACAUUGACUGGGACGCUGCAGCUUAUUGCCACCUUCGGCGAAUUUUCCGACCAAAGCCUCAUUACCUGUGUCACACCCGAUUCUCAGGAGAUCCUAUGCUGGUCCACACAAGAAGAUAUAUCUAUAUGCAGCCUUGUCACCUACCGUCGAGAACCGCUAUCUCUUCAGAAUGUGAGGGGUACCCCUCACGCUGAAAAAGGUACAAUACAGUUCUCUUUAGAUGGUUCCUUUUUUGCUCUCUUGGUUGUGGACACCCACGUGGACCUCAUUCAAAUAUGGGAAUACAAGACGGGUAACCAUAUCCUUGAUACGCGUCAUAGCAAAGACACUGUGAACUCUUACACAAUCAGUGAUACCCAUCUGGCCGUGUUCAUCUCGGUCAAGAUGAACCGCUAUGCACCAUCUGUUGCUGGAGAGAUAAAGAUUUACAGGAUAUCGGAUGGAAAGAGAACGGCCUUCCAGAGCGGACUUGAUGCCAAUAUCAUGGUUUUUUCUCAUCGAUCAGACCUGAUAGCCAUAGCCGAUCGAAAUUCGUUAUACGGAUCUGCGAUCCUUCAGGUCUGGAGUCUCGAAACAUCUCCAGCAAAGCUCAUAGGGGAGGCAAAGAGUUAUGGAGGAAGCGAGCAUCCUCUAGGUUUCUCGAGCGAUAGCAAACUCGUCGUUUAUGGAUCACAGGUCUGGGAGCUGACCCCUAAUGGACUUCAGAGUUUCCAGAGUCUAACCACGCCAAAGUCUCUUCUCCACUAUCCACACUCCUUCCUUUCCUACACAAAUGGUUGGAUUCACACAGCAUUCCCUGCGGGUCCAAUUGUGCCAAUUCCAACUGACCUUCAUUCACUGUUCACCCGAGGGGGAAAGCGGCUCCAAAAGUGGGCUGCAAAUGGGAGUACCAUCCUCGUUUGGACCACAAAGCGCGAGCCGAUCAUAUUCGACUUCUCCGAGUUUAUGUCACGGUAA